AUGGCCGAGUUUCAGCACAUUCGUCUCACCACUAAACCCACCGCCCAGAUCUCCUAUAGCUUUCACCCAGCCGUGUCAGCGUCAACCGCCAAAUCAGUAUUGGUCGUCUUUUUAAAUGGGCUAGGACUGCCGCAAGUUUCGUGGGUACGAUCCAUUGCCCAGUUGAAAGAACUACGCCAGGGGGCCGACAUUCCCGCAAUCCUGACCUACGACCGUUUUGGCCAGGGUCAAACCACAGACCGCGACCCCAACGAUGAAGGCGCUGCGGACCCAUCGCAUGGCCACGACAGCAUCGCUGUCAUCCACGACUUGCGCCAGCUAAUUACGCAAAUCGCGGCUGAGAACUUAGGCAUUUCGGAUGUAGACAGCCUGACUCUGGUCCUAGUCUCGAACUCCAUUGGCGGUGCGCUGGUGAGGCUUUAUGCACAGGAGUACCCCGGCACCGUAGCUGGUCUCCUCAUUCUCGAUAGCUACCUUGCAAACUCGGACUUCGUGUCCGUCUUCCCCGACCCGGAUGCAGAGGGCUUCGACCCUAGCACUCUUCCAGAGGGUGUUACGCCGGAGCUUUUGCGCGCGGCACGUGAACGUACAAAGCAGAUUUUACAUCCGGACGUUGGAAAUAAGGAGGGCUUGAGCCGGAAGAAUCUGCGGACCUUGCUGCCUGACAGUGACGGGCCUGUUUUGCAGGGUCCUGGUGGCAGCGGCCCUUAUGUGACAGUUGUCGGUCACGACUUUGAGACUUUCGCGGAGGAGUCGUUGCAGCUGGGACUACCCAAGCCAUUGACGCUGGCAUAUCUGAAUCCAUACUGGCAUCGAUUCAACGAAGGAUUGGUCAAGCUCACGCAACCGGAGAAAAGUAAGGGACCGUUACAGGCACCGAAUUCAGGCCAUUUCAUCCAGAAGGAUAACCCGGCCUUUGUGGCCCAGGAGUUGAAUGAGAUUCUGUCGAAGAUUCUUUAG